ACUGUCCCACCGAUAGACUCACGCCUCUCUCUCUAUUUCUCUCUCUCGGCGUCCUGUUGCCAUGGGGACGGAGUCUGGCACAGAAGAUCGCAUCAUGGCUCCUGAGCAGGUGCAACUACAGGUUGUGGGGCUCCUUAGCGAGCCCUCUUUUCACGUCGCCAAGUGUGCGGCUGAGGUACUUAAAAGAUCAUUUGAUGCAGAAUUUGAUCAUCCAGUUGUGACUCCCUUACUGGACUGUGAAUGGCAACGUUAUUUAUCUGAAAAGAAAAAGGAACUUAAAGGGGAGACAUGGGAGUAUUCCUCCAGUGUUAUGUGCUUCAUGAACAGUCAGUUUCUUGGAGACGAAGCAGCAUUGCUAUCAUGGGCAAACAUGAAUUGGGGAUACAGGGAUUACAGACCUUUAGCCUUAUACAAAGCAUUGGCUGAAGAUUUUCACAAUAAGCAUUUGAGCGAUGCAAAACAUGUGUUUGUGUACCUUGACAUAUCGAUCCAAGGAAAACCAGUGGGAAGAUUACUCUUUGAGUUAUUCUCUGAUCUGUGCCCUAAAACGUGUGAAAACUUUCAGAGCCUAUGCACUGGGGCAGCAGGGGUGUCACUCAGUGGUCUCAAAUUGCAUUACAAAGAUUCCAUCUUCCAUCGCAUUGUGAAAAAUGGCUGGAUACAAGGAGGAGAUAUAGAAUCGGGAAAAGGAAGUGGAGGGGAAUCCAUUUUUGGAGAAACAUUUGAAGAUGAAAAUUUCGCAGUUCCUCACAGUAAGCGAGGUAUUCUUGGUAUGGCCAAUAAAGGACGUCACUCAAAUGGCUCCCAGUUCUACAUCACUUUACAGCCCACUUCAUAUCUGGAUCGAAGAUGUGUGGCUUUUGGGCAACUGGUUGAAGGUUGUGGUGUUCUUAAAGAAAUUGAAGAUAUUCCAACAUACAAUGAGAGACCAACCACUGAUUGUAAAAUCACAGACUGCGGCAUUUUUACGCCUUAAUUUAAAAAACAAUGUCAUUAUGUUAAAGUGGUUUCUUGUUCUAUGGUAUAUUUUUAUAUGAACUUUCAAAAGUUUUAAACUUACGCUUCCUAUAUUAUAACAACAAUCUGCAAGCGUACCUAACACACAGCAGAUAAUUAUCAUUUCAUCUCUUAAAGGAGGAUUUAAUGUAAAGAAAAGGGAUCUUUGCUUAUUGUGCAUGAAACACCCUAUAAGCGUAUAGGAUCUGUUCUCUCAAAAUACUCUCACCAGAAAUAUGUUGGUAGUGGUAGCUGAGAUAGCCCCCACCAACUCCCAAUGUACUCUCUGGUUAACCCUCGUAUACUUGACGUAAGUACGGUGGUCUCCUAAUGCCCCAACACUUGAAAAAUGGUUCAGCCUAAUCUGCUCUAUGCUACCUCUGAUCCAACUAACCUACAUGACUGUGGGAUGUCCACAAAAAUAUGAAAACAUUUGGGAGAACUGGACAGACACUGUUUUGUGAACAAAUUAUUUAUUGUUUAAUAUACUUCUCAACUUACUUAUGUUAAAUCACCAAACAGGAUGUAAGACCUUUGUGUAAACAUUGUGCAUUGUUUUAAGGUAUCACUGCUAUCACUAAAUAUACUGUACAAGUCUCUUCUAUACAUGUGAUGAUGCCCACUUAAACCCCGAAGCCCUUUUUCCCUUGUUGUUGUUAUGUGUUCUUCAAACCGAAAUAAAACCUGUUAAAUUAAUACACCCUAUAUAAGAUUUUGACUAGGGAUGCACCAAAUUUUUUCAGAUUCGGCCGAACCCUCAAUUCCUUUGUAAAGGAUUAGGUUGAAUACGGACCGAACCCUAAUAGGCAUAUGCUAAUUAGGUUUUGGAAGGGUUACAUGAAAACAAAACCAAAUCUGAAUCCUGCUAAAAAAGGCUGAAUACCGAACAAAAUCCUGGAUUCGGUGUAUCCCUAAUUUCCACCAAUAUGGAUUCAUAAGCUUAGUUACAGUUAGGUGCUGUUUUAUUAUUACAGAGAAAAAUAAAUAUAAUUAACACAAUAACACAUUUUGAAUUAUAUGCUUAAAGGGUUACUUACAUUCCAAACACUUUUUACAGUUCGUGUUUUUUUGGCAGAAAUAAAGACUUUCAGUUGCUUUUU